AUGACCCGGAAUAAUCUCCAAGACCAACUCAAAUGGCUGUUGCGUGACGCUGCCCUCUCUCGACCUGUAACGCUGCCCCUUCCGAACAGCGAUAGCCAGGGGUUUUCCUCGAGCUCCUCCCAGGAUCCAUCUUUAGUAUCAGUUAAUGGCUCUCAACCGCACACACGAGUCUCCGUCAAUGAAACUGAGACGGCGACAAAUCAAUCGCAAACUGGACCUGGAGGGGCUCUGAACAGGGCGGGGGAUGCGGUGCAUUAUAUUACGAGGGAGACUUUGGAGGACGGGACAAUGGGGCGGCUGACGUCGAGUGUCAAGUCGAAGAAGCCGUCUCUGAUAUCUCGGCAGGACCACCUUCUUACUCCCACGCCCACGACAUCCCGGAUUGCCGAACAAUCUAGCCGAACGAAACCGCUACCUGCUGGAAUAUCGAGCCCGAGUCGCAAAUAUGAGUGCCUAUCGACCCCCAAACCAAUUAUUGCUGGACGCACACUAUCACCGACGGCAGCGUUUGAAUUUUCAUCCAUUAAUUCAGACGAUUUGGACUACAUGGAUCUGACUGGAGACCAAGACCCGUCUACAGGUUCUCCUCCGCCAAAUGAGGCAAAGACCAAGCCAACCUCCCGCACAGAUAAUAAGAGAAAGAGUGACGGCAUAAGCAAGGAUGAUAGUAUUUCAGACGAUUUACUUUUCCCGGAUGUCUAUGAACUGCUUGGAACGAGUCGAAAGAAGACACACGUCGCUGCAGAAACGCCAUCGAGGACCCGUAGUAGCCAAAAAUUGUUAAAAGACGACUUUGAUGAGAUGGAUCUGUAUGAAUUUGAGUUGGACGAUAUCGACAUCAAGGGGAACCCGCAACAAUCGACAGAUGAUCGAGCCGCAAACCCCGCUCCUUCUUCGUUGAGCCACCCUAGUUCAUCGAAGAAGAGGAAAACAUCUGCUGAACCUACGCAGACAAAGGCACCGGAAAUAGAUCUUGAAAUGAUCAUUCCUGACUCGGAUGAUGAGUGCAUGAGCCCUGUUUCCCGCAGGAAAUCAGAGACAAUUCCGGACGACUCAUUGGAGUAUCUUGGGGAGAACAUAGUCGGGGCAAAUGGAGAACCUGCUCUUCCCCAGUUGGAACCCCCAGCCGACCCGCCCCGCCUGCACUUCUCUGAUGCUUCUAGUAGCUCUACUUCUUCGGCUGAACCCAAAAGCAAUGGAAGUAUUGCUCCUACCAUCCAAGAAGUUGGGAGUGUUGCUUUAUCAGCUGACCAGAAGCGUAUAUUGUUCAAUCACCUUGCUAGCAAUCCUCAAGCUUUGGCGGCGAAGUCAACUUCUGUGGAGAAAUUAGUACAGCAGAAUGGUCAGAGUUUCAUGCGAGCGGUCUCGGAGCGUGCCCCAAAGGAAAAGCGCAACGAGAUCAGGGCCGAGAAAGAACGUUUGUUGAAGCAAAAAGAGGCUCUCAAGGAGGCUUCCACCAUUUUGCUAUCAUACAGCAAGCUUAGUGAGCAACGUGGUACCCUCGCCGACGAGAUUACGGAGGCUUAUGCCGAUGGUGUCGAUACCGAUGAAGCCGAGAAUCGCCUUGACACCCUCACUGACCAAAUCCAAGAGGUAGAGGAGACUAUUCUUAAAACCUUGAUUGACGGCGGGGUGGACGUGAACAGUUUUCUCGACUUCUGCCAGGUCCCACCUAUGUCAGAUCAAGUCAAUGGGCAUCUGGACACUGUUCCUGUUAGCCAACCCCUCACCCAAUUCACGGUAAAUAUGGCUAUGAAUUCUGGGCUUGGCCCUGCUGAGGAUCUUGACUUUGAUGUGGUUCACCGGACGCAAUUGUCCCAGGCAGGUGGAGCUUGGUCACAAACGGGACCAUCGGGAUCAAAGCCCUCUUCUGAGUCUCACUAUAAUGCCAUCGAUUCCCGGAAGCUAGGUCAGAUACCAACCGGAAGUUUUGGCAUGGGCGAUGGGUUCCCUCAAGGCCCUGGCGAUGUGGGAUUCUCGCAAGGGAGAUCGACAAAAGCGUCGACGCAUCAGAUGAACUCCAGAUCUACGCAGAUGGGUAGGAUCCCCCCCUCCGAAGGGGACGAGUUCGGCGAUUUUAGUGACGAUGCAGAGAUUUUGGCGCUGGCACAAGACUAUGAGACUCGAAAGUCGACAGAGAUCCAGCUGCCACCUGCGAGACGUGUUCUCUCUGAUACAUCGGGCAAUGCUGUUCCAACGACCAGAUCGAAAAAGUCUACAACUAAGCCUGUAAAGUCGGCUUUGCCAGCACUAUCUAUCCCGCCGGAGCUGAUGAAGCACCCAUGGUCUUCGGACGUUCAAAAAAUGCUCAAGGAUCGCUUUCGUAUGAAAGGAUUCCGGCAGAACCAGCUGGAGGCCAUCAACGCUACAUUGGCCGGCGAUGACGCCUUUGUCCUAAUGCCGACAGGAGGAGGCAAGUCGCUCUGCUACCAGCUCCCAGCCGUCAUCAAAAGUGGAAAGACCCGCGGUGUCACCAUUGUGAUUUCUCCUCUGCUAAGUCUCAUGCAAGACCAGGUUGACCACAUGAAAGCACUGGGAAUUCAGGCCGUGGCUUUCAACAGUGAAUGCUCUGCUCAAUAUAAAAGGCAGAUUAUGGGCGCCUUCAAUGAACGAACGCCGGAGCAUUUUGUCGAGCUCCUUUACGUCACACCGGAGAUGGUUAGCAAGAGUCCUCAGUUCAGCGAUGCCCUGGAGACUCUCUAUCGAAAACAAAAGUUUGCCCGUCUCGUCAUUGACGAAGCUCACUGCGUCAGCCAAUGGGGCCAUGAUUUUAGGCCCGACUAUAAAAACAUUGGCCAGCUGCGCCGGAGGUUUCCAAAUGUCCCUGUCAUGGCACUUACAGCCACGGCAACUCAGAACGUCAUCGUCGAUAUCAAGCACAAUCUAGGCUUGAGACAUUGCCAAGUUUUUUCUCAGAGCUUCAAUAGACCUAAUCUGACCUAUGAGGUUCGCCCCAAAACAGGAAACGCUGCUGCUACCGAUGCUAUCGGGGAACUCAUACUAAGGGACUAUCGCAACGUCAGUGGGAUUGUGUACACAAUUUCCCGAAAACAGGCAGAAGAGGUUGCGCAUAAACUCUCCUCAGAACAUGGCAUAGCCGCGGACUACUACCAUGCAGGAAUAGAGCCGAAGGAGAAAGCCGAGGUUCAGACUGCCUGGCAAAAGGGCGAAAUCAAAGUUGUGGUGGCUACCAUAGCCUUUGGUAUGGGUAUCGACAAACCCGACGUCAGGUUCGUUGUCCACCAUGGCCUUCCCAAGAGCCUGGAGGGCUACUACCAGGAAACUGGACGAGCUGGCAGAGACGGCAAACCUUCCGACUGCAUUCUAUUCUACGGAAAGGGGGACAUAAGAGUCCUGAAGAAGCUUAUCUCCGAUGGAGAGGGAGGUGUUGAGCAGAAGGAGCGACAGAUGUCGAUGUUGAACAGAGUUACUGCUUUCUGUGACAACCAGGCCGACUGUCGUCGCACUGAAGUGUUGAGGUAUUUUGGGGAAGACUUUACCCCCGAGCAAUGUAACAAGUCGUGUGACAACUGCAAGGCGGCCUUGGUUUUCGAGCAGAAAGACUUCUCGGAAUGCGCAGUGGCUGCUAUUAAUGUUGUCCAGGUCCAGCGAAGACUCACCCCAAACCAGUGUGCGGACAUCUUACUGGGCAAGGCUUAUCCAAGCAAUGAGGAAAGAAAGUCAGGUGAAUGGCACGGCGUGGCCAAGGGCAUGAAGAAGCACGAGGUAGUGCGAGUUAUUGACAAGUUGUCAGCGGAGAAGGCCUUCUCGGAGUCGAACCAGGUCAGUAGGUAUGGCAUAGCGAUCCAGUACCUCCGCAUCGGACCAACAGCAAGGGCAUUUCUGGAUGGUCAACGCCGACUGAUGCUUUCGAUUCAAGUAUCGAAUCCAACACGAGCAGUCAAGAAGAAGGCCACCAAAAAGGCAGCAAACAACGAGCCCGAGUCGCAACCUAUUCUCUCCACAUACGUCUCCUCUCCUAUUGGGAGGCGGAGACCUCGCGGGAGAAUUGUAGACAGCGAUGACGAGGUGGAGUUGAACCAGACAGCAUCAGGGUAUGCGAACGACGGGUUCGUUGUAUCUGAUGAUGAUAUUGAAGCCGAUGAAGAAGAAGAACCUUUUGCGCCAUUACCUAAACACCGACCAGCCCGGCCGCCUCAGCCAGCUCGGCCUCCUGUCGCGACUCCCCGGCGCAAGGCAGGGCCUCCUAUCCCCAUUGAUACCCCAGCCGAGGAUAUUGAUGAGGUGCACCAUGAUCUGAUUGGCAGUUUUGUGCAAGAAGCGCAGUCACUCGAGGAACGGAUUCGAAAUAAGAAGGAGCUUCGCCGGCCCCUGUUUUCUCAACGAGAGUUUAUGGCGAUGGCGACUCACUGGACCACCUCCAUAGAGAAGAUGGGCCGUAUAACAGGCAUUGAUUUGGCCAAAGUCAGCGAGUACGGGCCUAAUAUUCUCAAAAUCCUGGCACGCUAUCAUGUAAUGUAUAGAGAGAUCACGGGCGCCACCGGAGGCGCAUCUUCAUCAUCGGCUCGGGAGGACCAAGAUAUAGUUGACCUGGUCAGCUCGGAGUCUGAGCAAGACGACAGGGACGGAGAAGACGAGGAGGAGGAAGAGGAGGAAGAAGAAGAUUCGCAUUACUUUGCCAACAGCGCCCGGCCCGAGGUCCAAGCCUUCAACGAGAGGCUCCAGGCCUUGCCACUCACCGGGCAAUCCAGUAGCUCUAGAGGAUCACGCGGCGGCACCAGGGGCGGUGCCCGAGGUGGUCGCGGAGCAAGGGGUGGCGGCAGUGGCGGUAAGAGCUGGUCAAAGAAGGGGCCCAGGAGGGGCUCGCAGGGCUCAAAGCGCAGAGGUGCUUCGACCGGCGCAAGGAAAGCAAGCGCAAGCGCAUCUUCAGGCCCGGCGGGAGCAUCCGCUCCUUCGGGUGCCUCGAAGUCUGAUAGGAAGAUUGUCAAGAGGAGCGGUGGUGGAAUUGGGCUGAUGCCGAUAUGA